AUGGAGGCCGUCAUGUUGCACCACAACAGGAAACUCGAUCGCCACAUGAGCGCACAUCCAUCGGAGUUUUUUCCCUACCCUACUUUUCCUUUCGCAAGCUUCAACGGCGGCGCUGCACCGUACACGCCGCCGUUCUCAUUCCAAGGUCCGCCGCCUCCGAUGGAUCCACGCGCUCAUCACUACCACCAUCAGCAGCCGCCUCUACUCCCACUCCCGAUCCCAAAUCCCUACCAGAACAAUAACAAAAGAGUCAACAACAAACUCACCAGGCACCAAUCUCUCUCCGUUAAAAAGUCAAACUUCUCCGGUGCUGGUCCAAAGAGAGAGAAGACCGGGCCUGUAUUGCCGGCCCGUAGAUUAGGACCCGAGCCCAAGGAUGUUCCCAAGGUUCUGUUCUCAGGUAAGUCUAACACUGUUAAUAUUAAAGAGAUUGAUUUUGUGGCGUCCACUGUUGUGUCUCCUCCUCCCAGUAGCUUGCCCUUGCCGACUUUUUCGAUCCGGCCUAAGCUCGCUGCUAACUCACCUGCUGUUGCGGUGGUUGACGACGGAGCUACCAACGGCCUCCGCCGUAUUUUGCAUCUGCCUUGA